CCUGGGGCCACUGCGCUUGUGUGGUCGUCCACGCCCAAUGCUGUGGCUGCGCGGCUAAUUGCCUUGCUUCAGGUAGAUUCGUUGUCUCUGCGGUAGUUGCUGCUCCCCACAUGGUGGCCUCGGGAGUUCGACGCGGGCCGCGACGGUGGUAACCGAAGGGCCAGGCCUCUCUUGUCCCGCCUUGCAAAAAAAGCAAUCCGCCCUCCUGAAGGUUGGGCGCUUAUUUUUCAUACUCAUCCGGGCGAGUAGCAUAGCGUAGCCUCCUCGUGUAUUGUGGCCUUUGGUUGUGGUGUCUUCCACCGCCCGGCCCCGUGCUGCCUGCGGCCGGCGGGAGGGGUGCCCGGUAAGCUCGGCUUUGUCGGGCGUUUUCCUUCCACAAACCGGCGGAGGGCGCUCGGUGGGAUCGUUGAAUGAUAGAUGCUCGCCGAGGAUGGUGUGAGUGUGAGAGCGGUACAACACCACGAGCGGGCGGUGAGUGAUGGGAGUCUGCUUGCGACUAUUGUCCCCAAAGCGUUCAUUGUGUGGGAUGACGACCAAACCUGGGCCAGGUUCUGUGGUGGGGCGGGCAUGGCAACUGCUGACUUUUUUUGCAAAAUGACCCUCGCCACAGGUGUCCAAUGGCACCAUGAAAGUCUGAAACAUUGA